GAAAACAACCACUUUUCCCAAAACGGCCGGCAGAGAGACGUUCACCAUGGCCUCUUCCUCCGCCGACGUGCUCAAGAUCUCAAUCCUUGGAAACGAGUCCAUUCACGCUGGUUUCCAUCUCUUCCCCUACAUUUUCGAGACAAUCACCACCACCCUCCCCUCCUCCGCUUACGUCCUGGUCACAGACACCAACCUUUCUUCUAUCUACCUGAAUGACAUUCAGAAAGCCUUUGCCGAUGCUUCCGCCAAAAACGGCAGCAACGCCAGGUUCCUCGUCUAUGAGGUCGCUCCUGGAGAGGGCGCGAAGAGCCGAAAGGUGAAGGCCGACAUUGAAGACUGGAUGCUCGACAACAAGUGUACCAGGGACACCGUCGUGCUUGCUUUCGGUGGCGGUGUUAUUGGUGACCUUACUGGCUUUGUUGCUGCUACUUUCAUGCGAGGUGUCAAGGUCGUCCAAAUCCCUACCACUCUUCUGGCCAUGGUCGACUCUUCCGUUGGUGGCAAGACUGCCAUUGACACUCCCCACGGCAAGAAUCUCGUCGGCGCCUUCUGGCAGCCCAGCUAUAUCUUUGUUGAUCUGGCCUUUUUGACCACCCUUCCCCCUCGUGAGGUGUCUAACGGUAUGGCCGAAGUCAUCAAGACUGCUGCCAUCUGGAAAGACGACGACUUUGCUCUUCUCGAGUCUCGGUCAGCCGAAAUAUCUCUGGCUGCUUCUGCCCGUCCCACUGGCCCUGCUACUGCCGGCCGCUUUGAAGCCGACCGUUCGCACGCCCAGUCUCUUCUGCUCCGUGUUGUGACUGGCUCCAUCUACGUCAAGGCCCACAUCGUCACCAUUGACGAACGUGAGACCGGCCUUCGAAACCUCGUCAACUUUGGCCACACUAUUGGUCACGCGAUCGAAGCUGUCUUGACUCCCGCUAUGCUUCACGGCGAGUGUGUCUCGGUCGGUAUCAUACUUGAAGCAGAGGUGGCUAGGCAGCUUGGUGUUCUCAGCCAAGUUGCUGUUGGUCGAUUGACCAGGUGUCUCCAGGCAUACGGGCUCCCCGUCUCCUUGUCCGACAGGCGAAUUACCUCUCUCCCCGCAUCCAGCCAGCUCUCUGUCGACCGUCUCCUCGACAUCAUGAAGAUCGACAAGAAGAACUCUGGUGCUGCCAAGAAAAUCGUUCUCCUUUCUCGCAUUGGAAAGACCUAUGAAGAGAAGGCUUCCGUCGUCGCUGACGAUGUCAUCCGAAAGGUCCUCUGCGAGGCUGCCAUCGUCAAGGCUGGCAUCCCCACCAGGUCGCCCAUCACUAUGGCCACCCCCGGAAGUAAGAGUAUCUCCAACCGAGCUUUGGUGCUUGCAGCUCUCGGUACGGGCACCUGCCGAGUUAGAAAUCUUUUGCACUCUGACGACACUGCUGUCAUGAUGAACGCCCUCGUCGAGCUCAAGGGUGCAGUCUUCUCCUGGGAAGAUGGAGGCGACACCAUCGUCGUCGAAGGUGGUGGUGGCAUUCUUUCUGCCCCCGCUAAGGGCAAGGAGCUCUACCUCGGUAACGCUGGUACCGCCAGUCGAUUCCUCACCACUGUCUGCGCCAUGGUUUCAGGCGCCGCCUCUAGCGAAAAAUCCACCGUCAUCACUGGUAACGCGCGUAUGAAGCAGCGACCCAUCGGCCCUCUCGUCGACGCCCUGUCCGCCAACGGCGCUCAGAUCAAGUAUCUCGAGACUGUCGGAUGUCUUCCUCUUGACAUUGACACUGACGGCUUCCGAGGUGGCCACAUCAAGCUCGCCGCCUCCGUAUCCUCCCAAUACGUUUCGUCCAUCCUUCUCUGCGCUCCCUACGCUGCCGAGCAGGUGACCCUUGAGCUUACCGGCGGUCAAGUCAUCUCCCAGCCGUACAUCGACAUGACUAUUGCCAUGAUGAUCCAGUUUGGCGUCAAUGUCCAGCGACAGAAGGACGCUCAAGGCAACUUGCUUGACAUCUAUGUCAUCCCCAAGGCGACCUAUGUCAACCCUCCCCACUACAGCGUCGAGUCCGAUGCUUCCAGUGCCACCUACCCCUUGGCCAUUGCCGCCAUCACCGGUACCACCUGCACUAUCGACAACAUCGGUUCCUCCUCCCUUCAAGGAGACGCCCGAUUUGCCAAGGAAGUGCUCGAGCCCAUGGGCUGUGUGGUGGUACAAACUGCUACUAGCACCAAGGUCACCGGCCCACCCGUGGGCGAGCUGAGAGCUUUGGGCAAUGUGGAUAUGGAGCCGAUGACAGAUGCAUUCUUGACUGCUUCUGUCUUGGCUGCCGUGGCCAACAAGCCUUGUUUGCCCGAGCGAAGAGUUGAGGGCCUGCCUGAGACUGCUUCCAGGAUCUACGGAAUUGCCAACCAGAGAGUGAAGGAGUGCAACCGUAUCAAGGCCAUGCGAGACCAGCUUGCCAAGUUUGGUGUCGAGACUGACGAGUUUGAGGACGGCAUCAUCGUCUUCGGCAAGUCCCAGUCGUCUCUCCUCCGAGGUGCUUCCAUCCACUGUUACGAUGAUCACCGAGUCGCGAUGGCGUUCGCUGUCUUGGCGUGUAUCAUCGACAAGACCAUCAUUGAGGAGAAGCGAUGUGUCGAAAAGACCUGGCCCAACUUCUGGGAUGAUCUUCAGAACAAGAUCGGUGUUGCCGUUGAAGGCCAUGAACUCGAGGUCCACAACCACGCCUCCACCUCUGCAAAGACUCUCGACCACUCCCAGUCUGACCGCCCCAUCUUCCUCAUUGGUAUGCGAGGCGCCGGCAAGACUUAUCUCGGUCGUCUCGCCGCGGAUGUUCUCGGUGGUGAGUUCACCGACGCCGACGACGCCUUCUUUGAGGAGUCCAAGCUGUCUGUGCAAGACUUUGUCGCCGCGAAUGGCUGGGACGCGUUCAGGAAGCUCGAGACCGAAAUCUUGGGCAAGUUUAUCCAGGAGAAGAAGGGCAACCAUGUCAUCGCUCUUGGCGGUGGCAUCGUGGAGACUGAAGUUGCUCGACAGAUCCUGCAAGCCCAUGUUGCCAAGGGCGGGCACGUUGUACACGUUACACGAGCGCUGGAAGACAUCCAGUCCUACCUCGAUUCUAUCGGCAACACUGCCUCCAGGCCUGACUGGGGCGAGGACUUCGCCGACGUGUUCAAGAGAAGAGAACCGUGGUAUGUUGAGUCAUCAAGUCACGAACUUUACAACAUGCUGGAAGCUGUUGGCGGACAGACAGAGGAGCAACAUCAUCAGGCUAUGCGAGCCGAGUGCCACAGGUUCUUCCGGUUCAUCACUGGACGAGACUCUAACCGUCCUCGACUUGGUGCUGAGAACCCCACUUCUUUCCUCUCCUUGACUUUCCCCGACAUCACUCCUGCCCUUGCUCACAUGGCUGAGCUCACCGAGGGCGCUGAUGCCAUCGAGCUCCGUGUUGACUUGUUGAGUCCUUCUGGUCAGACGCCCACGACUCCAACUCUUCCUCCCGCGUCUUACGUAGCCAAACAGCUUGCCAGCCUCCGAUGCGCCACGUCACUGCCGAUCGUCUACUCUGUCAGAUCAAAGGACCAGGGCGGUUUCGCUCCUUCCGACCAGCCCGAGGCCUACGAGAAGAUGGUGCGACUGGGUUUGAGGAGUGCUUGCGAGUACGUGGACGUGGAAGUCUCUUGGCCCACCAAGGUGUUGAAGGACCUCACCGAGUCUAAGCGAGAGUCUCACAUUCUUGCUUCGUGGCAUGACUGGACAGGAAAGAUGGAGUGGGAUGGACAAAUGGUCAAGUCAAAAUACCUGCUGUGUAUCAAGUAUGGCGACGUAGCAAAGAUCGUGGGUACAGCCAAGUCGGCUUUGGACAAUUCCAAGCUCGCCAUCUUUGCCGAAGAAGUCAGGACGCAGCCCGGAUCCAAGCCUUUGUUGGCCAUCAACAUGGGCGCGGCUGGUCAGCUUUCUAGAGUCUUGAACCCCAUCCUCACCCCCAUCACCCACGCUGCUCUACCUUCUCGUGCGGCUCCCGGGCAACUCACUGCAAGGGAGGUAUUCGAGGCCCGCUCUCUUGUGGGGCUUUUGCCUCCCAAGAAGUUUGUCCUCUUUGGCAGCCCCAUCACCCACUCUGUUUCUCCUAUCCUGCACAACACGGGGUUCGCUUCGCUUCGCCUGCCGCACAACUAUACCCUUCACCAGUCGGAGGUCGUUGACCAGGGCGUCCUUAACGUAAUCAGAUCCCCCGAGUUUGGUGGAGCCAGUGUGACAAUUCCAUUGAAACUGGACGUCAUUCCCCAUCUCGACUCUGUAUCUGAAGACGUCAAGGUCAUUGGCGCCGUCAACACCAUCAUUCCUCGAGAAGGCAAGCUCCAUGGUGGGAACACCGACUGGCAAGCCAUACGUCAAGCAGCUGCCCAAAACUUGGCGCCUUCCGUGCUGAGAGAUUCGUCCUCUGCCGCGCUUGUCAUUGGCGCUGGCGGAACUUGUCGAGCCGCCAUUUACGCGGUUCACAAUCUUGGCUUCAGGAUCAUUUACCUGUUCAACCGUACACCCGAGAACGCUGAGAAGGUGAAAGCUUCUUUCCCCGAAUCUUACAACAUUGUUAUCAGCACCUCCUUGGCUGCUUUGCCCACUGCCCCUAGCGUUGUUGUGUCCACUGUCCCUGGUGACUCUUUGACUCUUGAUCCCGCUUCGACCGGUAUCCACUUCCCGCAGGAGGUGCUCUCUCGCGAAAGUGGUGUGGCCAUCGACUUGGCCUACAAGCCCCACAAGACUGCUCUUUUGCAGGCGGCGGAGAAGAAUGUUGGUUGGAAAGCUGUUCCCGGUGUGGAGAUCUUGUGCUUGCAAGGCUUCAAGCAGUUCGAAGAGUGGACGGGCAAGCGAGCGCCUGAGGGAAAGAUGCGAACGGCGGUGAUGGACAAGUACUUUGCCUAAGAAGUGCCAUGAUACUGCCUCUAUCCAGGCAAGGCAAGCAUACAGCAUGGUAAGUCCGCCUCCUAUUGCUUCACCCCAUCUGUGACUUCUUCGGAUGAUACUCUUUAUACAUUACAAAAUUUUCGUACCCCUUUCUUCGGGACAUCAUGGCGACCACAUUCUGCAAUACUGAAACCCUCUUUCCCUCCUAUUUAAUUGACUUUUGACCUGAGACCGAAACUCGAAACACUCGCUGACAAUCAUUUGUUACAGGCAUGGCAACGAGAAGGAAGAUUCUGGAAGAUAGGGUGUGAAUUUUGUUAGGUCUCCACAUGCAUACUAUCUCAAGCG